CUCAUCGGUUCUAGACUUCCUCUAACUUCUUCUAACCUGUGUUGGGCUCUGAAUUCUCGAUUCAUUGAUAUGUAAGGUUAGAAUUUAUGUGGUCUGUUCACACGAAUUAUAAUUGAUUAUGAUGGACGAUACAACGAUGGAUAUAAUAAUCGACACGCGAGGACAACCCGAACUUUUAACAAAAGAUAAACUCAUAGAAAGUGAUGUUGAUAGUGAUAUUAAUAGCGAAAAUGAAGCUGAUGAAGACGACCAUGAGUUUGAUGAUGCUGAUUUUGAUCCAACCAAACUUAAGAUAAAGAAAUUUAAGGAAAAAAAGAAACAAUUUAAAAGCACAAACAAUGACAUAGAUUUGGACGAGUUCGAAACUGAAAUGGGAUGGAAGAACCGUAGAAGAAUUCAGCCAAAAAAUGCCAUUAAUGUUAUAAAGGUAAUAAAGGAUAUAUCUCCAAUAGAAAAAAUUUUAGAAAAAAGUGCUAUAAAACCUGGAUUUGAACAAUUAGAGUGUGUUCCAAGAUAUGAUGAAAGUAUGAAAAGGCUUAGAGCUCAGAGACGUAGGGAAAGAGAAAAGACUAAAGGAAAGGCAUGGUUUAAUUUACCUGCGACCGAGGUAACGGAAGAAGUAAAACGUGAUUUGGAAAUUAUUCAAAUGAGAUCGGUGCUGGAUCCAAAACGGUUUUAUAAGAAGAACGAUCUAAAGGUUAUUCCUAAAUACUUUCAAAUUGGGAAAGUGGUUGAUUCUCCAUUGGAUUAUUAUAAUGGACGUCUCACAAAGAAGGAGAGGAAACGUACAAUAGUUGAUGAAUUAAUGGCUGAUGCAGAAUUUUCAAAGUAUAACAAAAGAAAGUACAAAGAAAUUAUAGAUGAAAAGAAAAAAUUACAAUACAAAGCUCACAAACAUGCAAAAAGACUCAAAAAGGGAAAGAAGAAAUGAUAUCAUUAAAUUGUCUAAAUAUUAAAUGACUAACUUCUAAAUAUAAGUUUCAAUAUAAACUUCAACAAUUUACUUCCUGUCUGUAUGUUUCAUAUAUUAUAAAAAAACAAAAGGAUAUAAAA